AUGACAACUGUAAAUAAUCCAAAAAGUAAUCAUCAAGUUGCUGGACUUUUCACAUUGAUCCGUAAUAAGGAUACAAAGAGAGAGGACUUUAUCUUUUAUAGUGAUCGUUUGAUUCGUUUGUUGAUCGAAGAAGGUCUCAACUGUUUGCCAUUCAGUGAAACCACUGUCACAACACCAACCGGUUGCGAAUACAAUGGUGUUCAAUUUGCUUCAAAGAUCUGCGGUGUCAGCAUUGUUCGUGCUGGUGAAUCGAUGGAAGCUGGUUUGCGUGCUGUCUGCAAACAAAUCAAAAUCGGUAAAAUUUUAAUUCAAAGAGAUGAACAAACUGCUUUACCAAAGUUGCUAUAUUCAAAACUACCAGCUGAUAUUGCAAAUAGACAUGUUUUGUUGUUGGAUCCAAUGUUGGCAACUGGUGGAACAGUCGCACAAGCCGUCGAAGUUUUGAUAGAGCGUGGCGUCAAGGAGGAGAAUAUCAUUUUCAUCAAUCUCAUCGCUGCUCCAGAGGGUAUUCAAUUCUUCACCUCGAAAUAUCCAAAGGUUACCAUCGUCACCGGUGAAAUCGAUGAAAAACUCAAUGAAAAGAAAUAUAUUGUACCAGGUAUUGGUGAUUUCGGUGAUCGUUAUUUUGGAACUGAACAUUAA